GGCCUGCGCUGGAGCCUGAGGCGAUUUUUAUUUUAUUUUUUUUCGUCGUUCGGCGCGGCGGGACUUCUUCGCCACAUGGCGGCCGGCUGAGGGCGGCCUAGGCCCGGCUCGGCUCGGCCUUUUCCUCGCGCUCAUGGCCGGCGAGGAGCCGCAGAAGUUCCUGGCGCCCGACGAGCCCGGCGCCGUCUUCCCGCCGCCGCCGCUGCUGCGCCACCCGCCUCGCCUGGGUGACGAAGGCCCGGCCUGCCUGGACGUCAGCGACUUCGGCUGCCACCUCUCCUCCUGCCACCGCACCGACCCGCUGAGACGCCUGCACGCCCACAGAUGGAACUUAACUUCUUGUGGCACAAGCGUAGCCAGCUCCGAAUGCAGCGAGGAGCUCUUUUCUUCGGUCUCUGUGGGCGACCAGGAUGAUUGUUUCUCUCUCUUGGAUGAUCAGGAGUUAACCUCUUUUGACCUGUUCCCUGAGGGGAGUGUCUGUAGCGAUGUCUCUUCCUCCAUUAGCACGUACUGGGACUGGUCAGACAGUGAAUUUGAAUGGCAGCUGCCUGGCAGUGACAUUGCAAGCGGGAGUGAUGUGCUGUCUGACAUCAUUCCCAGCAUCCCAAGCUCCCCUUGCCUGCUUCCAAAAAAGAAAAACAAACACCGGAAUCUCGAUGAACUUCCCUGGAGUGCAAUGACCAACGAUGAGCAGGUGGAAUAUAUUGAAUAUCUGAGUCGGAAAGUCAGUAUGGAAAUGGGUCUUCGAGAGCAGCUUGAUAUUAUCAAAAUUAUUGAUCCCACGGCUCAGAUUUCACCCACAGACAAUGAAUUCAUUAUCGAGCUGAACUGCCUCACGGAUGAAAAGCUGAAACAGGUCAGAAAUUACAUCAAGGAGCACGGCCCUCGGCAGCGGUCUGCCAGGGAGACCUGGAAGCGGAGCAGCUACAGUGGGGGCAGCGCCAGCGGUGUGAGCGGCGUCAGCGCCAGCAGCAGCAGCGCCAGUAUGGUCAGCUCGGCCAGCAGCAGCAGUUCGAGCAUCGGGAACUCGGGUUCGAAUUCCAGCGCCAACCUGAGUCGGGCUCAUAGCGAGAAUAAUUUAUCGACGAGCGCUGCGGAACGCAUCCGGGAUUCAAAAAAACGCUCCAAGCAGCGCAAACUUCAGCAGAAGGCUCUGCGCAAGAGGCAGCUGAAAGAGCAGCGGCAGGCGCGGAAGGAGAGGCUGAGCGGCUUGUUCCUCAACGAAGAGGUCCUGUCGUUAAAAGUGACCGAAGAGGACCACGAAGGAGACGUGGACGUCUUGAUGUGAGACGGGAAUGUCGCGAUCGGUGUUCUUUCUAAGCCUUAAGCUUCACUCUCUUGUUUACAUAACACUUGUACCAAAACGAGGAUUGAAUCAGGACUAGCUGUCCUCCUCCUCCUCCUUCUCCUCUUCCUCCUCCUCCUCCUCUUCCUCUUCCUCCUCCUCCCACCACUUAACCUGUGAUUGACUAGUUUGGGUUGUUCUGCUGCUUUUCUUUUUUCUUUUUGCAAAAUCGUAGGAAAAUCAGGAAGACGUUCUUUUUUUAAAAAAAAAAAAAUACGUAGGCUGGAGUAUUUUGUUUUCAGAGCAACCCACUGGUUAAAAAAAAAAAAAAGCUGCAUUUCUGUCUUUGAUUUCAUUAAAAUUAUGGAAAGAAAACCCUUGGGUUUAAAUUGGAAAAUAUUUCCUCCUGUCUUCCCGCGAUGUAAGUCUUAACGGUUAAAGGAAUAUAGUCUGCGUAAACAAGAAUACGCUUUUGCCAGGACUUUUUGUCUUCUUCUUUGCCACUGCAGUUGUAUCAAAGCCUAAAACUUCAUAGCUUAGGUUUCCUGGAAUUACCACUGUAAUUUCAUUUAAUGUGGGGGUUUCAGAGCUGUGUGACUUAACGCUGUGUGACAGGGCUGUUCUGGUGAUCCAGUUGGUGGUUUUAAACCUGUGUUUUUCUCCCUGCUUUCCACAGCAAAGCAAGUAUAUUUUGGAUUAGUCACAAUAAUCCUUUACAUGUAGAGCUUGGUAGGCAUUUUGUAGGUGAUCUGGGGUUUGGUAUCAAGCAGCGGAGAACAGAUAAGAAAUGCUUAUUGACAAAUACAUAUUUCUUUUUUUCCCCCAAUGCAUGUAUUUCUGCCUCUGUUCCAAAUCCCCAUAGUGUCUUGUGCCUUAAAAUUAAUUUGAUUUCUUUUUUUUUUUCCCCUUGUUGCUUAAUAUGGAAGUUUUGGGGGAAAAAUGGCAAGAAGAAAGAAGAUCAAAGCACCCCAAAGUUCUUCAAAGCAUAAUUUAGCUCACCCUGCUUCUUUUUUUUUUUUCUUGAAGAACCGCAAAGCGAGUUGUACAUAAAAGAGAAAUUUUUAUAUUGAAAAAAAACCCCCACAUGUUACAAAUUAAGCGUGAAGGGCCGCAUUGGCCUUUAGUUAACAUUGAUAGCUAAUAUUGAAGAAGUGCCACGAGAUGAAGAAACUGCUUAGGCAAAUGUAUUUGAAAGAGUAUUGCAGUAUUCUAUGAUGUUGCCUCGAAGUAAUUUAAGCUUCCAUUAUUUGUGCAGAAGGACUGAGAUGUAUUUCUUUCUCUGUUCCAAAUCCCCAUGGGGGGGAAUUAAUACUUUGAUUUUAGAUGCACAUGCUUCCAGAGUCAAGCUGUGUAUUGCUUGCUUUCGGAUAGAAACAACUUUCUCUGUUUUAAACUAACCAUUUUGUUCUUUCAUCUGAUUUAAAAUCUAGACGUGAUUAGACAAAACUGUAGUUUGCCUGUAGUUGACUCAUUCCAGCAUUUUCAGAUAAUCUGUAAUUAAGAAAAAGAUUUAUUCCAGGUAUGCAUGAAGCAGUAAUCUUUGAUGACUGAAACAGAAUGUGAAGCUUUUCUGGGGGGGUUUUCUUCCCCCUGGGGUUUACACAGGGGAACUAUUUAAAUUGUAUUUCAACAUUCUAGUUGAUCCAUAUUAGGGUAAUGUACGCAAUAUUGGAUAGAUGUCAAAUAUUUAUAGAUAUUUAAAAUUCACUAGAUUAUUUCUACAAGACAAAUUCCUCUUUGUUUCAAUUUUUAAUUCUGGAUUGUAGUUUUGGAGCAUAGUUACAUUUAGUUAUAAUCAUUGACUCUGCUCAAGAACAGGAAAAUUAUUCUAAAGUACUGUAGCCAAAUCAUACUCUGUGAGUACUAAGGCGGAUUAAAAUGUUAUAGCCCAAUACUCAGUGUUGUAACAAAUGUUGAAGAAGUGUGACCCCCCUCUACAUCUUCUAGUCCUUUAUUUCUAUAAUUACCCCAAAGUUUCCAAUUGCUUUAAUCCUGCCCUCCCCAGCUAAUUUUUCACCUCUAUGUGUGUGUGUUAAAAUAAUGAUUGUUUACAGUGACUCACAUAUUGAUUCCUGGUUAACAUCUGCUAAGGUAGUUUUAAAAAUUCAAGAUGCUUUUGACUAAGCUGUGGUCUAAAGCCACAUGUUUUUGGUUUUUCUUAUUUUUUUUUUUACAAAUUUAAAAGCAAUGUUAGAAUAUAGAAAGGAGCUAUUUUGUAGCUCAUUGCCUGUGUUCUAUUUAUUGUAAGCUUUUUACAAGCUGCAUAAAUAUUUAAUAAAAUAACUUAAGCAAUCGAGAGAAUAAGUAAUCCACUUCUCUCGCAAAGCUUAGAAGGAGCACUGAAAACCUGAUUUUUUUUUUUUAAAAAAAGGCUGUUCUGUUAGCUGAAUGUAACUGAAAAACCUGUUUACAUUUUGUGUCUGUCUGUGCAUUCUGUUUCCUCACCCACUACAAAUGUUCCAAUAAGCCAAGUAUUUGACUUUAAACAAAGGAGAAAAGUUCAUGUAAAAAAAAAAAAGAUUGCCUAGAAUGCUUUGGUAGUUCCUAACAGCUGAGAUAUUUUCUUGAUCUAGAGUAAAGAUUUUACUCCUUUCCAUUUUGUUUGUUUUAUUUUUCUACAUGGUGUUGAAAUAAAAAGAGUUUCUAGAGACAAAUUAUCUGCAUCGAAUUGUAUAUAUAAGCGACUGUAAAGUCCUUUUCAAGGAUCCUGUAUCAUAGCUGUAGAGAAUCUUAUAGAACAUUAGCCAAAUGUCUUAAUUCUAAAAGAAACACUAAUAGGUUUGUGCUCUAUCUCUUCUUGAAUUAUCCCCACCUCAUCCCUCUGGAUCACUUCAGCAAUAGUUAACUCGUCGAUCCCUUUUGAAGGUUAGUAACCCAUUUUUGGUGAUCCAACAGAUCCACGGUGUUUCUCAUGGCAUUCUCCGUUCUUUUCGUACAUUGGUUUAGGAUUCAGUUGCUGGGGGGAAUCCGAUUGAGAAGGUUACUCUUCUUCCCUCUGAGGUCAAUGUUUCUGGACGCUCUUGAGGUCUUGUGGGAAACUUGAGGUGAUUUAUAUGGCAACUUGAUCAGUCCAUUCAAAAGUGAUCAUUAGUAAAUCAGGUCGAGAUCACGAGCUUCUUACCUAAGUGUGGGCAUGUGUGAAGGCAGAGAGCAGUGCAUGUGGCCUCAAAUGUGCUAUUUAUAACCUGGUUGAGAGACAAUAGUGUGUAAAAUGGACGCAAAGAAAUGUGAGCUUCAUAACCAAAGCAAAGAGAGAGUUUUUAACUUUGGCAAGGAUGCUUCGGAUGGAGAUCUAUCUAGCUAUCAUCUAUCUAUCUAUCUAUCUAUCUUAUCUAUCUAUCUAUCUUCUAUCUUCUAUAUGAACUGUUUCCUAAUUUUCUGCCACAAUGUAUAUUGAAACGGAUGUAUAUACAAUUUUUCAUUGUACAUUCUGUAUCUACUUAACUGCAGUGUUUGUAGAAUCGACUCCUUUUUUGUUCUUGAUGUUAUGAAAAUUUUAACAGCUAAGUAUAAAAUACUGGGCAUCAUGGUUUGUUUGUUUUUUCCCCUCUUUAGCUCUGAAUUGUAUUUAAAAAUAAUAGUCUGGGUUGACAUUAAAGACAAGAUAUGCUGAUGCAAAA